AUGGCUUACCUCUAUCCGGUCGGCGUUUCCACCACCGCCCUUAUUGUGGUUGGACUUUACAUGCUCUUCCAUGGUGAAGGAGAAGCUUUUAAUGUCGGCCGUUUCCUUGAGGAGGUGUCUCCCUAUGCCUGGGCCAAUAUCGGAAUCGCCAUGUGUAUUGGCUGCUCAGUUGUCGGCGCCGCAUGGGGUAUCUUCCUUACAGGUUCAUCGAUCGUCGGCGGUGGAGUCAGAGCCCCCCGAAUCCGUACCAAGAACUUGAUCUCCAUCAUUUUCUGUGAAGUCGUGGCUAUCUACGGUGUCAUCAUGGCCAUUGUCUUUUCGUCGAAGCUCAACCCUGUCCCCGAGGGCGCAAUCCACACCUCCAGCAACUACUACACCGGAUACGCCGUCUUCUGGGGAGGAAUCACUGUCGGUGUUUGCAAUCUGAUCUGCGGUAUCUCCGUUGGUAUCAACGGAAGUGGUGCUGCUCUAGCCGAUGCUGCCGAUCCCAGUCUGUUCGUCAAGAUUCUCGUUGUUGAGAUCUUCAGUUCAGUCCUGGGUCUAUUUGGUCUCAUUGUUGGGCUUCUCGUGGCCCAGAAGGCCUCAGCAUUGGAGGCAGCGUAA